AUGAUGAUGGCUUUGUAUGGAUCAAAAAAGGUGCCUGGAAGAAGGGUUCUCAUGAUUUGUUUUCUUCUUCCAAUUAUUCUUUCAGCCUAUGUAACUUCUUCUCAAGAAACAACACCACCUUCCAAUGUGACCAAUGGAGUUGAUGGUAAUAACAAUCAUCAUGCACAAGAAUUAUACCAUCAUGUUUGGCCGAAAAUGAAAUUUGGGUGGAGAAUAAUAGUGGGCACUAUAAUUGGAUUUCUAGGAUCAGCAUUUGGGACUGUGGGAGGUGUUGGUGGGGGUGGUAUUUUCUUGCCCGUGCUUACCCUUAUUGUUGGAUUCGAUGCAAAAUCAGCAACAGCAAUAUCUAAAUUCAUGAUUACUGGUGGAGCUGGAGCAACUAUUUUCUACAACUUGAAGCAAAGACACCCAACCCUUGAACUACCUGUGAUUGACUAUGAUUUAGCACUUCUUUUCCAACCAAUGUUGAUGCUUGGAAUCAGUCUUGGAGUUCUUUGCAAUGUCAUUUUUCCUAAUUGGCUGAUGACAUUGUUGCUAAUCUUAUUUUUCUCAAUAAUUUCAGUUAAUGCUUUCUUAAAGGGUGCUGAGACAUAUAAAAAAGAAACCCUCGUUAUAAAGGAAGCUAGGGUAAAUUCACAAUUAAAUGAUAUUAGGACAGGAGAAGCAGGAGAGUCAGUCAAUGAAAGUCAAACCAAUACCAAUCUACCAAGGAAAAAGGUUUCUCUUAUUGAGAAUGUUUAUUGGAAGGAACUUGGACUUCUUCUCUCUGUCUGGUUCAUGAUACUUGCAUUAGAAAUAGGAAAAAAUUACACAACAAUUUGCUCGGUGGUAUACUGGAUAUUGAAUCUACUUCAGAUACCAAUAACUGUGGGAGUGAGUUCAUAUGAGGCUGUGCUAUUAUACAAAGGGAAAAGAGUUAUAGCUUCCAAGGGAGAUCAACAAACAAAAUGGGGUGUGCUUCGGUUAGUUCUAUAUUGUAUAUGUGGCAUUGUUGCUGGUGUAGUUGCUGGCUUGCUUGGUCUUGGUGGAGGAUUUAUCUUGGGGCCACUUUUUCUUGAAUUAGGAGUCCCUGCUCAGGUGGCGAGUGCUACAUCCACUUUUGCAAUGACAUUUUCUGCGUCAAUGUCUGUGGUGGAAUAUUACCUUCUCAAACGCUUUCCUGUGCCAUAUGCUCUUUACUUUGUAGCUAUAGCCUUAGUUGCUGCAAUAGUUGGACAGGUUGUUAUUAAAAAGCUUGUUGCCUUAUCAGGGAGAGCAUCAGUCAUCAUUUUUAUCCUAGCCUUCACACUUCUUGUGAGUGGAAUAGCACUAGGUGCAACAGGCAUAGCAAAUCUGGUUGAAAGGCUUGAGAAGAAAGAGUACGUGGGGUUUGAUAGCCUUUGUGUGGCCCCGAUUCGGGGUUGAAGUUAAAUAUGUGUUUGGAAAUUAGCAUUUCUCCCGCAAGCGCGUUUGAUUGUAAAUUAUCUUGGUUCCAAUAUUCCUAACAUGUAUUUCUUUUUUACAGUCCAAACAUUUAUUAUAUACUAUUAAAUAAUACUAGUAUCAAAUAAUCUGUAACAAGAUCAGUUAAGGAUCUAUGAAGAUAAGUUUAAAUUAUUCAUCAACCUUCGUAAAUUA